UUGACCUACGCUACAAUUCACUGAAUGGGAGUAUUCCAGCUUCUCUGUUUUCCCUUCCAUUAUUGCAAAAAUUACAACUUUCAAACAAUCAAUUUUCUGGUCAACUCAAUCAAUUUUCCAACAUUUCUUCUUACCUACUCGACACUCUUGAUUUGAGUAGCAACAACAUGCAAGGGCCAAUACCUAGGUCCGUAUUUGAACUCCGGGGCCUUAAGAUCCUCACACUUUCUUCAAACAAAUUCAAUGACUCCUUGCUGCUUAAUAUGAUUCAGCAGUUGAGAAAUCUUUCAAGUCUUGAUCUUUCGUACAACAUGUUAUCGAUUGAAGAUAAUAGAAUUAAUUCAUCUUUGUCCUUUCCCCAGAUUACCACAUUAAAAUUGGCUUCUUGCAUGUUGAAAAAGUUUCCUGAUUUCUUGAGAAACCAAACCAAAUUAACCUAUCUAGACCUUUCAGACAACCAGAUUGACGGAGAUCUACCAAACUGGCUCUGGAAACUUCGUGAGCUCAUGUGCUUAAAUCUCUCUUUUAACAGCCUAGUGACUCUGGAAGGACCUCUCUCCAAUCUUUCUUUUUUGAAUGUCUUGGACCUUCGCUCAAACCAGCUCCAGGGACAACUCCCAGUUCUACCACGGUUUGCCACGUACUUGGAUUUCUCGAGGAAUAAUUUCAGCUCUACAAUACCAGCUAGUAUUGGUGCCUCCCUUGUUUUUGCUUAUUUCUUUUCUCUUUCCAGCAAUAAAUUCAAGGGGGGCAUCCCUGUAUCAAUAUGCAAUGCGACGUAUCUUCAAGUUCUAGAUCUGUCUAAUAAUUCCUUCACUGGAAAAAUACCCCAAUGCUUGAUUGAGAUAAGUGGGACUCUUGGGGUACUGAAUCUAAGGAGAAACGAACUCAAUGGCCCAAUUCCUGAUUCCUUUCCAGGCGAUUGUGAUUUACAAACUUUGAAUCUCAAUGGAAACAAAAUAGUAGGACAGUUACCAAAGUCAUUGGCCAACUGCACAAAGUUGGAGGUCGUAGACAUUGGGAACAACCACAUUAAGGAUAUCUUCCCAUGUCACUUGAAGAAGUCAUCCAUGUUGCGCGUCCUUGUUUUGCGGUCUAACAAAUUUGGCGGGCGGAUUGAUUGUUCAGAGUCUAAUGCUAUCUGGCCAAUGCUUCAAAUUGUAGACAUAGCUUCAAACAAUUUUACCGGUACACUUCCAAAAAUUUAUUCUUGGCCGGCAAUGAUGGAUGAUGAAAAUGAGGCCCAAUCAAAGCUCAAUCACCUCCAAUUUAAAGUCUUAAGUUUCAAUGGAUUUUACUAUCAAGAUGCAAUAACAGUUGCCUUGAAAGGUCUACAACUGGAGUUUGUGAAGAUUCUAACUGUCUUCACCUCGAUUGACGUUUCCUGCAACAAUCUUGAGGGGCCAAUACCAGAAGCAUUUAGAGUACUUAAAUCACUAUAUGUUCUCAACUUGUCGCACAAUGCUCUUACAGGCCAAAUUCCACCAUCUCUGGCAAACUUGACUAUGCUGGAGUCAUUAGACUUGUCAAGCAACAAGCUUACAGGGAAGAUCCCAAUGCAACUUGCAGAUAAUCUGAAUUUCCUUUCGUUCCUAAACCUUUCGUUCAAUCAAUUGGUGGGGCCGAUUCCACAGAUCAAGCAAUUUGCUACAUUUUUGGAAGCUUCUUAUGCAGGAAAUACAAGAUUAUGUGGCUUCCCUUUGAAAGUGAAAUGUAGUGGUAUUGCGUCACCACCACCAGCAGCACCAAAAUCUCGGGACAGCGCUUCAACUAUGCUGAUUGGAUUUGAUUGGCAGUUCAUAGUGACUGGACUUGGUUUUGGGGUAGGAGCAGCUGUGCUUGUUGCCUUCCUGAUGUUUUGGGAGAAAGGGAGAAGAUGGCACGAUGAAAGCACUGAUAAAAUUCUGCUGGUGGUUCUUCCAAUGAUGGGAUUGUCUUACACAGGCUGCAACAAUAGGGCUGAGGCAGAGGAAGAUGCUGAAGAUGAGAACACAGGAGACUAUGAUGAUGAAGAAGAUGAAACGGAAGAUGAAUUUCGAGGACGGUACUGUGUUUUUUGUUCCAAACUGGACAUUAGUAGGAAGAGGGCCAUCCACGACCCCCAUUGUACAGGAUCAUCAACCCAAGAGAGGCGGGAUGAGAACAUAAGCUGAAAAUGUAAUUGAGUAGCCUUUUGGUUUUGAAAUAUUCUCCUUUUUGCCUAACAUCUGAAAUGGGUGUAUCUGUUCUGGUAUUAUAUGGAAAGAGAGCGUGGCAGAGUUGUGCCAUUACUCA